UUUUUGACAGCGGUUUCUUAAAAAAAUAUUUUUUGAUGUCCAGAAACUCCAAAUUGGCUGCAGGAGUUGGAAGCUAAAAGGGAAAGAAGGUUGAAAGCAAAGUUGGGACAUGAAGCAGGAGCAGGUGCACCUUGCCUAAAAUGUGCUGAAAAAUGCCCAGGCUUGGACCUUCAUUUUUGGAGAAAAUGUUGCAAGCUUUGUAAAUGUCCAAAGGAAGAACACGAAGUUCAAGAUGAUGAUAUUUAUGGAUGGGCACAGUUUCAACUGGUUGGCAGUAAACCAAAUAAAAUCAGGAAAAAAAUUUUGCUGCCUGGUAAAAAAGAUGAAUUGGAUUUGGAUUGGGCUCCCAAAGGCCAUAAUGAUACUGUUGAUAAAUAUCUUAAGACUUUGUCUACCGAACAAUUGCCAGUUAAAGGUUCCCAAGCAGCUCAAGAUAGAAAGCAACUCCUCCAGAAACAAAUUCCUAUUCAUGAUAUUGAUCCAUCCCUUUGUCAUGAUCUUACUGAAGAAGAAUUGAAGAAAAUGAAUGAAUAUAUAGCACACGUUAAGGAAAGUAGUGCAGGUGUGGGCCAGAUAGUUAGUUUAUCAAGUAUAAUUAAAGGUAACCUACAUAUGUUGAAUCCUGCAGAGUCAGCUAUGAUGGCCAGUCGUUAUGCUAAAGGUAUACCUUUAUCAGAAAUUGUUAAAUUACAGUCGCAAAGCAAGGCCCUUUCACUUAAACCACAAGAAUUAAUCAAGAACUUGGAAAAUAUUACUUUGAAUGACAAAAGUCUUCCUUAUUUUGCUCCUGAUGAUAUUUUGAACCAACCAGAAAAACUCAACAUGAAUGACAAAAAUCUUCCGAAAUUUGUUCCUAAUACCUUGAACCAAACCGAAUAUAACCUUGAUCCUUUAGUGCCGAAUAAAUUUAAUGACAAAAACUACCCAAGUUACAGUAAUGACACAAUUUCUCGACUCUCUAGUGCCCAGUUUUCUGGUGGUCUUGUUCCUCAAAGAAAUAAGGGGAGUGGAGAUAACCAAUCUGUAAUCGAUCCUUCAAUUGAUCCCAAGUAUCUCCAGAAAAAUAAUUUUGAUUUUAAAAAUAGACCCAGUCAGUUCCUACCUCAAAAUGUGCCUUAUAAUUUACCUCAGCCAGGGCAAAAUGUUCUUUCUGAAGACAAUUCAGGUAUUUUUGACUCAGGAAGCAGUGCCUUUGUCCCUUACCAGAAAACAUCUACCACUAUGAAACCUGGAGAAAGUUAUGUGCAGAGUAUUUCUUCUAUGGAUCCUUCCUACUCAAGUAAUUUUCCAGUUCUACGAGGAAAUGUGUCCAGUGGAUUAGAAACCGGAGAUGAGUCCAGAGAAAAUUUGGAUGCUGUAGAUCCAAAUUAUGCUAUAACUAGUUCACCGGCACUCAAGUAUAAAGAAAGUGGCAGUUCUACAGUUGGUAGGAGUCCACAAAGUGCAAAUCAUAUCCGUAACGAAAAUAAUUUGUUCUCUGGUGAAGUUAAUCCACUAACAUCAAACUAUCCCAAAAGUGUUUUACCUGAAUUUGAGUUUGGAAAAACUGGUUGUUUACCAGGUCAGGAUUCCCAAAAAUCCAAUUCAAAUCAGAAAGAAAAUGCUGGUUACCAUCAGUCUUUGGAAAAUGUAGACCCUCUUGAGCAGAACUACUCCAAAAUUGCUUCACCGGAAUAUAGUUAUCAAAAAUCUGUUGAUUCUCCAGUAGGUAAAUGGUCUCAAGACCCCCAUUCCUUUGGACAAGGAAAAGGUACACUCGAUAAUGAUGUUCCAUAUGAUGAAUCUUUGGGGAGAAAGUAUAGAAUUAAUGACCAAAUUGGAAAUAAGAGUACUUCUAACAUAAUACCAAAUAAGGAAGUAUUACAAAAGUUUGCCCAAGGCAACACAGAAAGUGUUGGAGCUAAAGAAAAUUAUGAAAAUACUCAUAAUAUGAAAAAUAUGGCUCCCAGAUUACCAAACUAUGCGCCAGGCCGUUAUAGUAAUCAUUCUGAUGUUCAGUCCCCAUCAAAUAUUCCUAAGAAUUUCAGAGACCUAGCUUUCAGCACCCACGAUCCAAGUAAUGCCAGUUCAAAUGAUGUAGGAGAUACUGAAAGUGAAUUUAAAUUUGGCCAUUACAGAAAACCUGGUUCCUACCCUGAGAACGAAAAUAGUUUCUCUAGGGGAGAAACACCCAAAAACUCCAGUGGCUUCAGACCAAUUCAAGCAAAUUGGAGAAAUGCUGAAAGGCCUAUCAACCAACAUUUACCUGAGCAGCAGAUGAGAUAUCAAAAUGAACCAGUUGAUAAUCUGGUACAGAAUCAAAACCCAAACUCUGAAAAUAAUUUUGACAAUAAAAACAGUUAUUCAAAUAUGGCCUUACCUAGUGAUGAAGAUUUGAGAAAUGUAUCCUCUUCUGGAGGUUUGAGGAAACCAUUAGAUGAUUAUAAUUCUGAUACUUUUGACAAACAGGCUUUGAACAAUUUGAAACAAUUAGGUAAAAAUUUGCCUGAAAUGCAUCCCGGUAGUUUGAUAGUCGAUGAAGAGUUUCUUCAUCCUAGUCAAGUGAAUGUUGGACUCAUUCAAGACAUCAGUUAUCCUGAAAUAAAGGCAGCUACCCAGGGAACGAAUGAUUUUUAUGAAGACUAUAGUCCUGAUAUUAUCAGGGAAAUAUUGAACAACAUGAAGUUGCCAGACUGCCACUACUGUAAAAGACCCUUUGAAGAAAAAGAAUUUGCCAUAACAAUUGAAAGAGCCAAUGUACUGUUUCAUACUGGAUGUUUCAAAUGUGCUGGGUGUAACCAAAUCAUUGCUGACAAUGUGUACUUCUAUAACAAAGAGUCUGAUAACAUUUACUGUUUACGUGACUAUGCAAAAAUCAGAGGUUUUCCAAGAUGUAAGGCAUGUGAUGAACUUAUAUUCACUAAAGAAUAUUGCCUAGCUGAGAAUUCCACAUUCCACUUGAAGCAUUUUUGCUGUAUCGAGUGUGAUACGCCUCUUGCUGGAAAAGACUACACCUUGGAAGAUGAGAUGCCAUAUUGCCUUCCCUGCUUUGAACAAAGCAAAGCAAGUAAAUGUAGUUCGUGUAACAGGGUCAUUAAACCUGAUGAAAUUGGUUGUAAUUUGAAUGGUGUCCAUUUUCAUGCUAAUGAUGAAUGUUUUGCUUGUAAAGUUUGCAAAAAGCCAUUGAUGAAAAAGAAGAUGCUUUUGCGAAAUGAAAAAUUGUACUGUUCACAUGAAUGUUAUGGAACUGAAAAAUAAUUACUCAUUUUGACUGAUUAUACAGGGUAUUCAAUAGUAGGUUAGGGUGCAAAAAGGGCAGCUUGGGUAUGGUUUUGAAAGGUUGACUUUUUAUUUAUAAUGUGUAUUUUUGAAGUGUAUUUCCAAUAUAGGAUACAAUCAAAAUAAGUGCCACAGUAUAUUAUAGUGUCAAAUUAUAUGAUAAGAAAUAGAUAACAAAUUAUAUCUACUGAUAUCAACUUGCAAGUUUUUGCUUUUUCUUUGAAUUUCUUUAAGUAUUCAUCAGACUGAAUAUAAACAAUUUCUUUUGAUAAUUGAAGUAUUGAAUUUAUAUAGAGCUAUGUGUCAAUGAAAGACUUUGAUAAAUUUAUUGUAUAGAAUUAACUUCAUGUGGUGACCUUAUGCCUAUUUAUAUACAUAUAUUAUAUAUCAUCUAUAAGAUUAGCUUAUUUUUGUGCCAUAUGUAUUUUUAUAUAUAUUUUAUACUACAU